AUGUUCAAAAAGUUAUUCGGAGAGCACGGCGCGAAGAAUGUCGUUACCCUCUUCCACAAGCCAUCCAGCACGCCCUCAACCCGCGUCCUCACCCUUCUCAAGCAGGCAAACGCUCAGUCUGUAUCACACGCAACAGAAGACCAGGCCAGCGAUCACACUACCCAUAAUCGCGCUCAGCGGACAGAGUUCGACCUAGAUGUUACGGAGGCACCGCCAACACCAGAUCAACUCAAGAACAUCAUAGAGUACCUUGGUGGACCUGUCUCGGGAGCAGCAGGAAAGAUUAUCAAGGGUGCAAAAGAUGAAUCUGAAGCCAUCAGGCGGUUAAAGGAGAAUGAGGAAGCUUUCCAGCGCCCUGUGGUCGUGGACUGGAACCAAGGCAAAGCAGUUGUGGGGGAAAAUGAGUCUGAGAUCUUGUCACUUCUCCAAUCGAUUUCCAAAGAAACGGACAAGGCGUAAUUCUGGUAGACCAAUUCCAUCCGAUGAUCACUACACAAAAAAGCUAUGAUGCGCCCUGGAAGUCCAUGUAAGAUAGGACCGUAGCCUUUAAAAGGGUUUGUAAAGGAACAUAUUUAUUAUACUCCCACACAUCUCGCAGCUCAUUUUAGUAAGCCGGGUAGUUGCAGUGGCAGCUGCGGCAAUGCUCCAGUAAAGUAGGCGAUUGUAGCCAUUGGAAACGAUUUUGCUUUUACGUUUGUGUAUAGUCAGUCCAGUUCUUCGGGACAGAAGUAGACUGUGUGUCCCCAUUGUCACUUUCCCUUUGCUCUCCCACCCGAAAAGCUAGACCCCCAAAAUCUAUUCGCAUCACGAGCCUGCU